CCCUGCUGAUGGCUCCGCACAUGCAGCGUCCCCCGUGGGGGCUCACGCUGCUGCACGCCGUGCUGGCCUGGCCCUGCUGAGCGCUAGAGGACUCCAGGUGAUGCUUUGUCUCUUCCUUAUUCCCUGUUCAGCUUCCCGGCUCAGAGCCUGCUGCUGGACCGCCUCCAUUGUGAGCCGGGAGUCCUGGCUGAGCCCCCGUUGCGCCCUAGCGGGGUCCGUGCGGGGAGAGCCCUUCCCUAGCGCCUCCCUGGGCCCAGCCGGGGGGACUUGCUCCGGGGGCUGGGAGCAGCCCCGGGCUCUGCCGACACCAGCCCCUGAGCCGGAGCCUGCAGGCUGCAGAACCAGGUCCGCGCUUUGCUCCAGAUUGUCCCUGUCUGCUGGGGGACGGGGAAGGGACAUGGCUGCAGCAGAUCCCGCUCAGGGGUUGGUGACCUUCGAGGAGAUGGCUGUGUAUUUCCCUGAGGGGCAGUGGGCUCUGCUGAAUCCAUGUCACCGAGUUCUUUACAGGGACCUCCUGGGGUUUCCUGUUCCCAAGCUGAGUGAGAUCUCCCGGCUGGACCAAGGGGAAGAGCCGUGGGGCCAGGAUCUCCAGGGCUCUGAAGAAAGAGGAAUCCUAAGAAAUGGCCACACAGCAGGAGACAGGACGGGCAGUGAGAGCGAGGAGGAGAACUCUCAGCUGGAAGGUCCUGAGCUAGUGCAACCACACAGGAGGAUGUCGGGAAGAACUGAAGGGAAUGUUUCCCAGAGUGCUGAGCAGGGAGAAGGCUGGGAGAAUCAGCACAGACUGGAGAGGGAGCUGGGAACCCAGCCAGGGAAAGGAUUGGAUGAAUCAUGUCACGGGCCCGUGGACACCAUCCACCAGAGAAUCCCCAAUGAAGAGAGACCCACCAUCUGUGAGGAAUGUGGCAGAAGCUUCAGUCGCAGUUCAAAUCUGAUUGUCCAUCAGAGACUCCAUGCCGGAGAGAAACCCUAUAAAUGUCUGUACUGUGGGAAAAGCUUCAGCCGGAGCUCCCACCUGAUCACCCAUCAGAGACUGCACACGGGGGAGAAGCCUUACAAGUGCCCCAGCUGCGGGAAAAGCUUCAGCGACAGCUCCACCCUCAUCACCCACCAGAGACUCCACACCGGAGAGAAACCCUACAAAUGCCCUGACUGCGGGAAAGGCUUCAACCAGAGCUCCAACCUCACUUCCCACCAGAGAACCCACACAGGGGAGAGACCCUACAAGUGCCCCGAGUGCGGGAAAAGCUUCAGCGUCAGCUCCUACCUCAUCAGGCACCAGAAAAUUCACACAGGGGAGAGACCCUACAAAUGUGAGGAGUGUGAGAAGAGCUUCAGUCAGAGCUCCAGUCUUAUCAACCACCAGCGAGUGCACACCGGAGAGAAACCCUAUAAGUGCAUUGAUUGUAACAAAUGGUUCAGGAACAGCUCGGACCUGAUUAGACACCAGAGAACCCACACGGGAGAGAGACCAUAUCGGUGCCCUGACUGCGGGAAAAGCUUCAAUCGCAGCUCGAACCUCAUGACGCACCAGAGGAUCCACACGGGAGAGAAGCCCUACGAAUGCCCUGAGUGCAGGAGGAGUUUCACCGUGAGCUCAGCCCUGAUCAAACACCAGAGGACCCACCGGGAGGAGAAGACUUACGACUGCCCUGACUGCGGGAAAAGCUUUAUUCGCUGCUCCAAUUUUCUUACGCAUCGGAGAAUCCACAUGGGGUAGAAAAUGGUAUCCCCUGAUAGCCCUGCCCCCCCAUGCCAACUCAGAAGGAGCUGCCUGGAGCCAGGGUCAGCCUGGCUGGCAGACUCCAGGGAGCUGCUGCUCAGUGGGGGCUGGGAAUCUGGUUUUGGGGCACAGAGGACUGGGGCAGAUGGUUAUCUCUAGGAAGGGAGGGAUUGUUUUGUUUUCGAUUUCCAACACUUUUAUAUAACACAUUGCUGCAGGGAUGGAGGCAGCAGGAGACACUAGAAAUCUGGAGUAGAAUUUUGCACAUCAUGAGGAUUUUGUAGAAUUUACUUUUCUUGUUUUGGAGAACCCGCUGGAACAGCACUGGUGUCUGGAGCAGAGAGGUGAGAACUGCCUAUUUGUCGCCGUAGAUUGUUGGCUCUGAACCAUGAUGAUAACAUUGCAUUCCAGUAUUGAUAAUACUUUCUCCUGCUUGUUGUGCUUCAUCAGUCUGGGUGGCUGGCCUAUUAAUUUGACAGAGUUCUUCACAGGGAGAAAGAUGCACCUUCUGCAGGAGAGGUUGGUUUAUCUUCCUACUGUGUUAACCUUUGCCCCACUGUGCUAAUGUAAGGACUUUCAGAUUCUAUACGCCAGGUAACUAAGGAAUCGUCACCUUCUGUUGAAUGGGCCACUUGGUGUCACUGCAGAUAUUGACUGAGAGCACUGUGUCCUGCAGGACUCUGGCUGGGCUGGAUUCUCUGUGAGGAGCCACAGACAGGGAUUGCUGGUGCCGAAGGCCCAGGCUGGGAGUCAUGAAGGCCACAGGCCUGCCUCUGUGGAGCUGUGUGGGUCCUUGGGUUAGGCACAUUAAAGGGGUCACUCCCACGGGGCUGACGACAGGCUGGGGCCAUACCAGACCCUGUGACUCUGUGACAGCUGGCUAUUGCCACACAGAACACAAUAUACAUUUAAAUCAUUUACAGGCUUCUAUGAACUCAGGGACACGCUUCCCAACACUUAGAAUGACCGACCUGUCGCUGGGCCAGAGCAGACGUAUGUUUAAUUCUUUGUUACUUAUCAGGUGAAACCGGGGCAUAGAUAAACUGGAAUGCAAUAUGUUAUCAUUAUGGUUCAGAGCAAACAGUCUAUGGCGAUAAAUAGGCAUUUCUCACCUCUCAGCUCCAGACACCAGUGAUGUUCCAGCGGGUUCUCCAAAACAAGAAAGGUAAAUUCUACAAAAUCCUCAUGAUGUGCAAAAUUCUACUCCAGAUUUCUAGUGUCUCCUGCUGCCUCCAUCCCUGCAGCAAUGUCCAGUAUGUGACACAAUAUACUCAGCAAGAGAUUCCCUCUGCACCAGAGGAUAAUACUCUCAAGUGCGACCGGAGACCAGGAUACUGCCUGCAGGAGCAUCUUCCAGCAGCCACGGGGUUAACCCAGUAAUGCUGAGGGCUCUGGUUAUUGCUAAGGAGGGAAAGCUUCUUUCUCUCAUCAGUCAUUGAGCUCUUGUACAUUUUGAAGCCAGGCCCAUUAACUACACUAGUUCCAUUGUAGUUAGUUUGUUAUUUCACUUUUUGAGUAUAGGCAAUAAUCACAAAAAUAUAUUUUAAAAAAUCACUUCAGAGUCAAGACACUGUAAAUACUUUGAAGCUAAUUCUCUGGAAUCUAAAAAUACCCGAGUGACUGAAGAUGCAACAAAAGCGAUACUACCAAGAGAUUCCAUUUUAAAGUUAAUCGGCUGCUUGUAUGAACUCGUGGUAAUGGUGGGGGAAAAGAAGAUCACAGUAAUUACAGUCACUGAGGUAUGAGGGAAUCCAGUUUGUCUACCUUGAAUUGGAAUUUGAUGGAAUCAUUGAGGUUAGGCCUGGUCUACAUAGGAAAGUUUUCACAGUAUAUAUUUUUCUGCUUUAUCUGUACCAGUAUAACUACAGUGAAAGGAUGCAUCUAUACUGUUUUGUAUACUGUGGCUUAAGCUAGUUCCCUUAUGAAUCAUUGUGGUCGGGGGAAGAGGAUGAGAUCAAGCGGUUACUCCUACAUUCAAUUUUCCCAGAGUGGCUUCAGUUGCUGGAGAACCUCUUCUGUUCAUGGCUCCCUAGCAUUGAUGGGUGGGACAGGACAGUGCUGCAGAGCUGGGAUGAACAGCAGUGGCCACAGAACCUCAGGCUGCAGAAGGCUACUUUCCUAGACAUCUGUGCGGAACUCGCCACCAAGCUACAGUGGUGAAGAACCAAUUUGAGAGUCCCCCUCAGCAUGGAGCAGUAUGUGGCCAUCAACAUCUGGAAGCUCCCAACUCCCAACAACUGCUGUUCAGUAGCUAGACAGUUUGGUGCUGGGAGAUCAAUUGCCGGGACUGUUGUCAUGUAGGUGUACACUGCUAUCAAGAGGGAGCUGCAGGGCUAGAACAUAAUACUUGCCAAUGCACAGGAGGCUACGGAUGGCCUUGUAUAGCUGGGGUUCCCAAAUUGUACAGGAGCCCUUGAUCAAACCCAUCUGAUGAUCCCACCUCCCUCACACCAGAUCAGAAUUUAUUGACAAGAAGGGGUAUUUUUCCAUGGUGCUGUGAGGCCUGAUUGAUUGCCAUGGGAUGGGGUGGACAGGUCCAUGAUGCCAGGGUCUUCAGAAAUGCAGCUCUGUUUUCUGCAAAGAAAAAGAGAACUUCUGCUCCCAUGGCCAUUAUGGAUAUUGGUGGUAUUGUUCAUACAUUUCAAGGCCAGAAGGGACCACUGUGAUAAUCUAGUCUGUUCUCCUGUAUAACACAAGCCAGAGACCUGCACCCAAAUACUUCCUACAGCAGAGCUAUUAGAAAAACAUCCAAUCUCAAUUUAAAAAUUGUCAGGGAUGGAGAAUACACCAUAACCCUUGGAAAAUUGUUCCUUUGGUUAAUUAUUCUCAGUGUUAAAAAAUUUACAAUGUUUUGAUGCCUCCUGUCAUUCUGGGAGACCCAGCUUAUCAUCUGCUUCCCUGGCUUAUGAAUCAUUUUCCUGGAGACAAGGGCAGGAGAAAGGAUCUGUUUGACUGUACCCGGAAUAGAACGAUUGUGGAGAGGGUGGUUGGAAGACUUAAGGAAAGGAGGAGACGCCUCCUGACAUGGCUGAAGGCUGCUGAACAGUAUCUGCCUCAUGUGAUAGGCACUUGCUCGGUUUGCACAACAUCUGGGAGAGCCAGGGGGAGAUCCUCACUGAUGACUGAGAAGUGAAGAUGAUGGCACCUUCUGUACCUUAUUAACACCCAGCCACAAGUAAUCAGGGACACGGGGUCAGAGAUGGGUUGUGGUAGGAAAUGAAUGUCCCGUAGCCAAGGAAAUGAAUGCAGGGUGUUUGUGUAAAGAUCUGAUUAAGAAUUGGUGUUACUGGGGGGAGCCGCACUUCAGUGAAAGUUUUCAGUCGAGUUGUACAUAACAUUUAUGGAUUUAAUGUAACCGUGCAAAGUGACAACCAAUGGAUGUGUGGCAGGACAUGCCCAAAGUGUUGAGCAUACACCCAUGGCUGUGCUGAUAGGCUGACAACAAAUGUGUAAGUGGGACCUAUUCUCCUUGUUUGGUAGGUGGAACGGUAUGGGCAGGGCCUGCCAUUUGGGGAAACAAAAAGAGGCUCCCAGAAUACUGUGUUCUCCAGAGGUUGCAGGACAUGGCUGUGUAGGGUGCUGCCUGUGACCAUAGCACCACAAUGUUUUCCAGCAGAGCUGUUUGCCUCUGUCUGAAGGGUAUAGUCCAGCAUUCUUUCCUGCCUGUCCUCUCCUUUGUCCAGGAUCUCCCUUGGGAGCCUCUCUGUCUGCUGCAGAGACCUCCCUCUGCUCUUCUGUCUUCUUGGUAGGAUGCAGUCAGAAGGUCUGUGAACAUUUCCUCCCUUGCUCUCUUUUUUUUCCUUCAAAAGUGUGCCUGGGUUCUGAGGGGAAUCGCCACCAGUGCCCUCACUUCCUGUUCCUGUGCCUCAGGGCUCAGUGUGCUGAAGAGAGAUUGGCUGUAUGGUGCAAUCACCUCCUGUUUUGUGUCCUAGGCUACUUGGGUGCCUUCCAUGCUCAGCUCCAUACUGUUCUGAACCCCAUGAUAGUAUUUGAUGGUGGCGUCCAUUUCAAAAAUCUGGCCUUGCUCUUCAUAUAGGGCAGGCCCUGGGAGCAUGGGUGCAGGUCCCGUUCUCAUCCCUUGUGUUCCCACAGCUCUGCUGAAGCUCCUUUGCCUUGACACAGUGCUGGGCCAUGUCUCGGGACUGACCUGUCUCCUGCAAGAGCUCUGCCAGUUGAGAUGAGUAAAUAAGGGAUAUUUCAGUUUGAAAAUUUGACAGAAAGUUUGGUUUUGGGUCGAAUGGAAUGUUUUUGAAAUUUCUGGCAAAUUGAAACAUCAAAGAGCUCUUGAGCCAAGUCAGAAUGAAACAUUUUGUUUCAAUGUGA